CCGUGCCGUAUCCGGAGCGGCUGACGCAUACAAGGGCGCGUCCCGAUCGGACGGCUGGGGACGCAACCGCGGCCGAUAUAUACCUCCGCUCCCGGCUGCUCCCAUGGCCACCGCCGCAUCCACCUCCGCCGCCGCCGUCCUCGCGUCCCGCCUGUUCCGCCGCUCGCCGCGCCUGCUGCGCCGCCUCAGCCUCUCCUGCGCGCCGCCCGCGGCUCUGUCCGCGCGCCCGUCGUCGUCCCGCUGCCCCGCGCUCCUCGGCCGCCCACCGCCCGGUCACCGCGCUCGGAUGGGCCACACAGCUGCGGCCACGGCCGCCGCCCCCGCGCUUGGCCUCACCAAGCCCAACGCCGUCGAGCCUCCUCAGAUUACUUUUGCUGCUAAAGACAUCGAAUUCUCCGACUGGAAGGGGGAUAUACUGGCUGUCGCAGUCACAGAGAAGGACCUGUCCAAGGAUUCGGACUCCAAAUUCGAGAAUGCCGUCUUGAAGAAGCUGGACGGCCAGCUCGGCGGUCUCCUGUUGGAGGCUGCAGCAGAGGAAGAUUUCACCGGGAAAGCCGGGCAGUCGGUGGUUCUCCGCCUCCCGGGGCAGGGUUUCAAGAGGGUGGGUCUGAUUGGUCUUGGCCAGAACGCCCCGUCCACCGCCGCUGCUUCCCGGGGCCUUGGAGAAUCAGUCGCAUUGGUUGCGAAGGCUGCUCAAGCUAGCAGCGCUGCUAUAGUUCUUGCCUCCCCCAGUGGGAUCCAGGAAGAGUUCAAGCUGACUGCUGCAGCAGCAAUUGCUUCCGGAACUGUGCUCGGAUUGUAUGAGGACAGCAGAUACAAGGCUGAGUCAAAAAAGGUGCUCCUUAAACAAGUAGAUCUUAUUGGACUGGGUUCUGGUCCGGAGGUGGAUCAGAAACUUAAGUACGCUAAUGAUCUUUCGUCGGGCGUGAUAUUUGGGAGAGAGCUUGUGAACUCUCCUGCCAAUGUCCUAACCCCUGCUGUGCUUGCGGAGGAGGCAUCAAAGAUCGCUUCUACAUACAGUGAUGUAUUCACUGCCACAAUAUUAGAUGUGGAGAAAUGCAAAGAGUUAAAGAUGGGCUCCUACUUGGCAGUCGCUGCUGCUUCUGCUAACCUUCCUCACUUUAUCCAUUUGUGUUACAAACCCACUGAUGGGAAUGUCAAGAGAAAGCUGGCUAUUGUUGGGAAGGGUCUAACCUUUGACAGCGGUGGCUACAACAUUAAGACUGGGCCAGGCUGCAGCAUUGAACUGAUGAAAUUUGACAUGGGAGGCUCCGCCGCUGUAUUUGGUGCGGCAAAAGCUUUGGGCCAAAUCAAGCCUCCUGGAGUAGAGGUUCACUUUAUCGUUGCUGCCUGUGAAAAUAUGAUUAGUGGCACAGGCAUGAGACCUGGUGACAUUGUUACUGCUUCCAACGGGAAGACAAUUGAGGUAAAUAACACUGAUGCAGAGGGAAGGCUUACCCUUGCUGAUGCUUUGGUCUAUGCUUGUAAUCAAGGUGUUGACAAGAUUAUUGAUCUGGCAACGCUAACUGGUGCCUGCAUUGUUGCACUUGGGCCUAGUAUUGCCGGGAUUUUCACACCAAGCGAUGAGCUAGCCAAGGAAAUUACCGCCGCUUCUGAGGUAUCAGGAGAGAAGUUUUGGAGAUUGCCACUGGAAGAAAGCUAUUGGGAGUCAAUGAAGUCCGGUGUUGCUGAUAUGGUCAACACUGGCGGUAGGCAGGGCGGUUCUAUUACCGCUGCACUAUUCCUGAAACAGUUUGUUGACGAGAAAGUUCAGUGGAUGCACAUCGACAUGGCCGGGCCAGUGUGGAACGACAAGAAGCGGGCAGCCACCGGGUUCGGAGUCUCCACCCUGGUAGAGUGGGUCCUCAAGAACUCAUCAUCCUGAACAAAUCCUCCCCUGCUUUUCAAAGACAUGAUCAGUGAAGGGAGCUUUGGGUGUUCUUUUGUACUACCAUUUUAUAGUUGCAAACUGCAAGCAAAGCCGACGCCGCUUUUGGCGCCCCAAGUGGGGUGAUAGAAUAAGCAAAAGGGUUGGCCUUAUGAGUCGUGUGUGUUUGGGUUGGGUCCAUGAAAGCAUCAUGUUGGUCGCGGUCAAGCCGUGCUGCCGUGUAAAAUUCUCUCUGCCAAAUCGAAAUAACGGUGCUAUUCCUUUCGUCUGUAUCA